CUAAGUUAACUCAUAAAAGAAAAAAACAUUCACAAAACACUUUAUACAAAACAAAAAAAAAAGUGGGAAAAAAAGAAAAAAAAACCAAUGGCAAACAGAGGACACUUUAUAGAGAGAAAUGGCACCAAUCGAGCUGCCGGGUUGCCUUCUUCUGAUCCCAAUGGACCUGAGAUGAGUUGCAAGGAAUGUUUGAUUAUUGCACAUCCGGAGGAUUUUAUUCGCAGCCAUAUAGAAAGAAAUUGUAGGAAAAACAAGCCGCCGCCUUUCGGAAAACUUCCGCCAUUCAAUUUGGAAAGCACAAUCGCCGAUGUUCUCGACAGCGAAAGUGAUAAAACACGAUUGACAACCUUCAAGGAGAAGUUCCGCGAGGAUUUGUAUUGCAAAAACGCAAAAUUGGCAGAAGUUAAGCCAACCCAUUCGAAACCGAAUCACGUUACCAACUGGAGUCAGACUUUCGGACGUGCCAAUCCCGAAUCGGAAUCUCUAUAUAGCACCAUAAUGCCAAAAAAGUCAGUCGAUCAGGUCAAUCGGGAGUAUAGUGAGUUUCACGAGGGUCACAUCAUCAGUAACAAUCAUUACUUUCCUUCUGAGCAGAUCAAUCGCAGAUAUACCAAGCCCUUCGAUCGAUCUGGAGUUUUUGGAAUUCGUUUUGGCGCUGAUAACUUAGGAACGACUAUGAAGAAGUGUUUAAUGCAAGGAGAUGAGCACUUGACUGUGGUAUCUAAGCCCUGGCAGGACUACAUGAAACGCACCAAAGGACCUUUGGGAAAGAAAUUUGAAAAAUACUUGGAUAAAGUGCCCGACUUGACGUUUGGUCAACGCGAGAAAGAUAAAUGUGGUGUCAAAAUGCUAAUGGAGAACACAACUCCCUGCGAAGAGGACGACACCUUGGUAAAUGCGCUAUCCUAUUUGAACAGACUGCGUGAGAAUCUCCACAAGCGGACUGACUUCUACAUGAUGGACUUGAUUGCUGUGUUCGAGAGGAUCGAUAAAAAGCAAACGGGGCACAUGCCACUUUCUCAGAUUCUGGAGACCAUGCACAAGUUGCACAUCCGUGUGGAAGAGGCCAAAAUCCGCACCAUGUUAUCCCAUUUCCGGAUGUUCACUGACGAAGGAUGUUCCACGGAGCUAGUUAACUACGAUCACUUUUGCCGGUUACUUUCUGCUCAACAACCGCUGCCAAAUGUUGGUUGCAUUGGCAAAGUUCUCGAUAAUAUGUACAACAAGGAUACUACUUAUAGAACUCUUUGUAAAGAUCUUGAGAAAGGUAAAUCAGAAAGAGCCAUAUGGGAUCGAUUUGAAGACAACAUGCAUGUUAAGGAUCUGAUUCAACCGGAAGUCGCCACGAAGAUUGGUCUUAAACCCAGUGACAUCUCUUGUCUAAGGAACAGAGAUCAAAUGGAGCGAAUAUUUGAAAAAGUUGUAUCCAAAGAGGAAUUCGAACGCAUUUGGCAACGGCUGAUGGGGGAAAACAAAGAACAGGAUCAAAAGGUCAUGGCUUCCGUUGCUCAGUUUCGAGCCGAAGUGCUUAAAAAAACUGCUCCCCCGUCUUAAAUUGUGAAUCAAAAAUUCUUUUAUAUAAUAUCACAAGUUUACUAUUAUACAAAUAAAAGCUAAGCAGAAUUAAAAUAAA